AUGAACGAAGAAUUGAGAACAGAACUCCAGAAACAACAGGAGUCUAUGCUGGAAAAGCUGUCGGCCGUCAUGGACACGAAAGUGGGCCAGAUGAAGCGUGAGCUGGAAGAAGUGGCCAACAACUGCAGUUCCCAAUAUUUUAUUUUUCGGGUUCUGCCCUUUGGGCUUUCUACUGCACCUCUGGUGUUUACUAAAAUUUUAAAACCAGUACUUCGACAUUGGAGGUCCUCAGGUAAAAGAGUCUGCAUGUUUCUGGAUGAUGGCUUAGGGGGUAGUUCAUCACUUCAGAGUGCCACGAUAGUCUGA